GCCGCCGCCGCCGCCGCCGCUCUGGGCUCGGGGCGCAGGGCGCUCGGUGAGGGUCCGGCGCCCGCGGCUGCUGCUUUUCUCCGGCGCCCGGGCUGCGGCGCUCUGGGAUCCGGCCGCUGGCCGGGCGCCCCUCGGUCCCAGGUCCCGCGCGCUGCCCCGGAGAAAGCUCUCCGCCGGCCGAGCCGCCCCGGGAUCGCGUCUCCGGGCCAUGAAGAGGGGCCCGUGAGGGGCUUACGGAGGCGGAGGCGGAGGAGGGAGGCCGAAGAGGAGGGCGCGGGAGGCGGAAUAUGCCGCCGCCACCGUCGCCCGCUGAGCCCGGGCGAGCCUGACUCCAGACCCGAGGAUGGAGCCGGUGCGGGGCGCUGCAGCGGCUCCCGGUGUGCCCCCGACCAGUUUCAGGUAGCCUUUCUCUCUCCGGCGUGGCUGGAAGGAGAACCACCUGCCCCAGCUGCCCCUUCCUGGGGGCCUCAGCAUCCUGGCUGUUGCGACUGAGCUGCAUUUCCACCUGGAGGUGUGAGAACCCUUCCCCUCCCUGUCUCCCUGAAGCCUGCUGGCCACAGGGCUGCUGUGCAGGAGACCUGGUGGCUGUGGACUCCCCAGCUUGGAGCAGCCCUUCUUUGACCUUGGAAGGUGGAGAAGCAGCCCCAUGAAGGUGCCCAGCCAUGCAAUGUUCCUGGAAGGCUGUCCUCCUCCUCGCCCUGGCCUCCAUCGCCAUCCAGUACACGGCCAUCCGCACCUUCACCGCCAAGUCCUUCCACACCUGCCCGGGGCUGGCUGAUGCGGGGCUGGCCGAGCGGCUGUGUGAGGAAGGCCCCACCUUCACCUACAACCUCUCCCGCAAGACCCACAUCCUCAUCCUGGCCACCACGCGCAGCGGCUCCUCCUUCGUGGGCCAGCUCUUCAACCAGCACCUGGACGUCUUCUACCUGUUCGAGCCCCUCUACCACGUCCAGAACACGCUCAUCCCCCGCUUCACCCAGGGCAAGAGCCCCGCGGAUCGGCGGGUCAUGCUGGGCGCCAGCCGUGACCUCCUGAGGAGCCUCUAUGACUGUGACCUCCACUUCCUGGAGAACUACAUCAAGCCGCCGCCCGUCAACCACACCACCGACAGGAUCUUCCGCCGCGGGGCCAGCCGGGUGCUGUGCUCGCGGCCCGUGUGCGACCCCCCAGGCUCCGCCGACCUGGUGCUGGAGGAAGGGGACUGCGUGCGCAAGUGCGGCCUGCUGAACUUGACGGUGGCCGCCGAGGCCUGUCGUGAGCGCAGCCACGUGGCCAUCAAGACAGUGAGGGUGCCUGAGGUUAACGACCUGCGGGCCCUGGUUGAAGACCCCCGCUUAAACCUCAAGGUCAUCCAGCUGGUGCGAGACCCCCGUGGCAUUCUGGCUUCCCGCAGCGAGACCUUCCGCGACACGUACCGGCUCUGGCGGCUCUGGUACGGCACCGGGAGGAAACCCUACAACCUGGAUGUGACGCAGCUGACCACGGUGUGCGAGGACUUCUCCAACUCCGUGUCCACCGGCCUCAUGCGGCCCCCGUGGCUCAAAGGCAAGUACAUGCUGGUGCGCUACGAGGACCUGGCCAGGAACCCCAUGAAGAAGACCGAGGAGAUCUACGGGUUCCUGGGCAUCCCCUUGGACAGCCACGUGGCCCGCUGGAUCCAGAACAACACGCAGGGCGACCCCGCCUUGGGCAAGCACAAGUACGGCACCGUGCGCAACUCGGCGGCCACGGCCGAGAAGUGGCGCUUCCGCCUCUCCUACGACAUUGUGGCCUUCGCCCAGAACGCCUGCCAGAGGGUGCUGGCGCAGCUGGGCUACAGGAUGGCCACCUCGGAGGAGGAGCUCAAGAACCCCUCCGUCAGUCUGGUGGAGGAGCGGGACUUCCGCCCUUUCUUGUGACAAGGGCUCCGUGGGUGGGGGCGAGGGGCACCUGGUGUCGGUUUUGAUAAAAUGGACCGUUUUUAACUGUUGCCUUAUCUCCCCCUCCCUCUCCCACACUGUCUUUGUGUCCUUCUGCCUGCCCCACACUUCCUUCUGCCUCUUUGGUCUCUGAAAUUUGCACUAUGUCCUGGACAGGAGUCGCCGGGGCAGAAGGGGAGUGAGCGGGGUGCAGCCCCCACCGCACCCCAUUCCGACACACGGACGUUGGGUGUCUGUGUGGAUGGUGACCAUGUUUACAAGCACCGCACUCACACAUUCACCUACGUGCACACACACGGGCGCGCACAAGGGGAGACGCCCCGAACCACACAACUUCCGGAGCGCUCUGAAUGGGCGAGUGGUCAGGGAACGGUAGUUUUGGCCCUGUCUAACUUCUACAAGGUAAGAGGUUAAAAAAGAGGCCACCUCCCUCUAAUUUAUGAAUGGUGUCUAAACCUCCUCACCCUGCUUCUUGCCCCCCAUGCCCACUGCCCCCUUGGGAGCAUAGAAACUGUCCCCUCCCGGCCCCCCAUUGCCUGCCGGUGAGCAGGUUUUUACUGUGAGGUGAAUGUGCACCUUGUUUAUUUUUUCCAGACUGUGGCGAUGCUGUCUGUCUGUCUGAGUCUUGUGGCUGCCCCUGGACCAGUAAUGACUGAUAAAUCUUAUGGGUUUCUGAUUGAUCUUGGGGUCCAUCUGUGAUAUUUUCUUUGUGCCAAAAAGAAAAAAAAAGAGUGGAUCAGUUUGCUAAAUGAACAUUGAAAUGCUUUAUCUGUGUUUUAUGUAAAUAAAAGAGUGCAAUAAUA